CUUUCCCACUAAAGAUGAAAAAGAAAAAUAAAAACAAAAGAGAAAACACCAAAAAGGACUAAUAGUAGUGAGUAGUGACAGAUUCAAUUUACACAGAGAGCAUCGACUUCUGGAGACGUAGAAACAGAUUAUUAUUGGCCGGCGCCUGCAAAAGGAUUUUACAGAAAUUGUUCGUGUUCGAGAUGGGCGGCGGCGAAUCAAAUUACGAGAUUCAUCAAAACGCGUACAUCAAGUUAAUCCUACAUGCCCUCAAGCACAAGACUUCCUCCGUCAACGGCGUUCUUCUCGGCCGGAUAUCCGGCAACGACACUGCCGUUGAAAUCGUCGAAUCCGUUCCGUUAUUCCACUCUCAGAUUGGCCUCCUUCCUCCACUCGAAAUUUCCCUUAUCAUGAUUGAGGAGUAUUAUGCUGAUAAAGGUUUAAGUAUUGUGGGUUACUUUCACGCAAACGAAAGAUUUGAUGAUUUUGAGGUUGGGAAUGUGGCCAAGAAUAUUGCAGAUCACAUCUUCAAAUAUUUCCCUCAAGCUGCUUUGCUUCUGUUGGAUAAUAAGAAGCUUGAAGCUUUACUAAAGGAGGGGAAAGACAGGAGUCCUGUAAUGCAGCUUUACACUAAGGAAGUAUCUAGGAACUGGAAACUAGUGGGAGCGGAUGCAAGCGGCCCUCUGAAAAUCAAGGAGCCAUCUGCAAAUGUUGUCCUUCUAGAUUAUAUCUCGUCAGGGAAAUGGAAGGAUAUUGUAGAUUUCGACGAUCACCUGGAUGACAUUAGCAAGGACUGGCUGAACCCGGAGCUAUUCAAGUGAAGUUUCUAUGAGGGAUGGCAAUUAUCGUGCCUUUACCGUGUGAUAUUUGGUGUUUACCCCUCCAGUGUAGUCGCUGAGUUUCUGAAGAAAAGAAUCUAAUGUCUCUGAAUUGGCAGACUGAUAAAAAUACCCAUUUCCUAAUGGCUUUAGAAUAUUGUAGAAGAUAGGGCCAUAUUCUCGCAAAAGUAUGCAUUUCUAAUAGGUCAAACAUGAUUCUUGAGCAAAGACAACUCUAUUUUGUAUUGAAUGGAACCCUAAGUUUUUAUUUGGAACCUUAAAUCUUUAGCUUCCCUGUAUCAGGGGUGUUUGUUUCUAGUAA